AUGGGCAACGAUACUAAGUAUGAAUACGAUUCCCUCCCCAUCCCUUCCUACGAAGAAGCCAUUUCCGACCGUCCCGGCUCUUCUCGUUCCGAUCUAGGCCCCGAACAAUCUGGCGACGAUGCCGAAAGACAAGGCUUGCUCCGUCAUGGCGACGCCCAUCCCCCUGCCAGCGGGGGGUACCCCCGUGGCUAUCACCCGCCCACCGUCGAAUCCGUCCGCAACAGUCUGGAUGACCUGGAAUCCCAAGGCUCGCAUUCGGCCCGUGGGUCGCUGGAGGAGCUGCGACGGGAGUUAAACCAGAUGGAUGUCGAUGAUGGAGAGUCCUCGUCUCAACGGCCCCGCUUACGACACCGUUUUUCGAAGCAAUUCAACAAUCUGACCCGAACUCUUUCCUCAUUCCAUCUUCCGUUUCGCAGAUAUCUGCCGAGUUUCCGGUUUACUAUCAAUCUCGAUGAAGCGCGUAAUAAUCUGAAGGGAAAUGGGUGUAUCAUCUUGUUGCGGUUGUUUGGGUUGAUGCUGGUCGUCACGAUCGUCUAUAUCUUUUUCAUCUCCGAUAUCUUCAAUAUGAACACCAAGUUUAUCAUGGGUCAGUCCUACAGUGCGGCUUCGGUACAGAAUUUCGUCCAGGGCCAUAUCAACGAGACCAACAUCGCCGAGAAUCUCAGACGGAUCACCAGCUACCCCCAUAUGGCUGGUACGGAAGGAAGCUUCGUCCUGGCGGAGUGGAUCGAGCAGGAAUUCCGAAACGCAGCCCUGGAUAAUAUCGAAAUGGAGGAGUUCCAGGUGUACUUGAACUACCCCCAAAAGGAUGGGAGACGGGUCGCCAUUGUCGAUCCACCCGAUUUGGCAUGGGAAGCUUCCCUCCAAGAAAAGGGCCAAGAGACCCCCGUCUUCCACGGCCAUUCAAAGUCCGGCAACGUCACAGGGCCUUUGAUUUACGCCAACUACGGGUCUCGAGAGGAUUUCCAAUAUCUUGCGGAUAAAGGCAUUUCAUUGAAUGGCUCCAUCGCAUUGGUUCGUUAUUACGGUACCGAGUCCGAUCGGGCCUUAAAGAUCAAAGCGGCCGAAAUGGCUGGUGCAGCAGGCUGUAUAAUCUACUCCGACCCUGCGGAAGAUGGUUUCGUCAAGGGUCCUGCGUACCCCAAAGGGCGGUACAUGCCCGAGGAUGGAGUGCAGAGAGGUGGUGUGAGUUUGAUGUCAUGGGUCGCGGGUGAUGUUCUCUCGCCUGGGUUUGCAUCAACUCCCGGCGAAAAGAACAGACUCAAGCCCGAAGACAGUCCAGGAUUGACCAACAUCCCGAGUAUUCCCAUCGCCUGGGGCGAUGCCAGAAGACUCUUGCAGGUCCUCAAGGGUCACGGCUCUAAGGUACCUUUAGAUUGGGUUGGUGGUGUCCCGGAUGUGAGUCAGUGGUGGACGGGAGAUAGCUCUUCCCCCACCGUCAAUCUUAUGAACCUACAGGAUGAGGUCGAAAGACAACCGAUAUACAACGUGUUUGGGCGGAUUGUCGGCCUGGAACAGCCGGACAAGAAGAUUAUCAUUGGCAAUCAUCGAGACUCGUGGUGCUUGGGAGGUGUGGAUCCGGGAAGUGGCACUGCCGUGUUCCUUGAGGUCGUUCGAGUCUUUGGCGAACUUCUCACCUACGGCUGGCGACCGCUGCGCACAAUUGAGUUUGCCAGCUGGGAUGGAGAAGAAUACAAUCUCAUUGGCUCCACAGAGCAUGUAGAGAAGGAAUUGGGAAACCUCCGCAAUGAUGCAUAUGCCUAUCUCAAUGUCGACGUGGGCGUCAGCGGAACGGAUUUCACUGCAUCCGCAUCUCCACUUUAUGAACGUGUGGUGCUACAGAUUCUGGGCCGGAUCUCGGACCCUGUUACGAACAAAACGCUCAAGGAUAUCUGGGAGGAAAAGCAGAAAAAGCUCGGUGGACUAGGCGCUGGAAGCGACUAUGUAGCGUUCCAAGACAUCGCUGGUACCUCGAGCAUUGACUUUGGUUUCGCCGGCGAACCCUACCCUUACCACAGUUGCUAUGAGAACUUUGACUGGAUGACCAAGUUUGGAGAUCCUGAAUUCCAGUACCACAAGGCUUUGGGUCAGUUCUGGGGUUUGCUCCUCCUUGAGUUUGCAGACACCGCGAUCCUGCCCUUUGACAUGGAGGUCUACGCGAGCCAUGUGCACGGCUACAUCACCGACCUGGAAAAAUACGCCAAAGACCAGAGCAUCCCGGUUGUUCGUGCAUCCCCGGAGAACGUCACGGCUCGUGAUUCCUCGGUGGACAUCCAACCGCUAUACGACGCAGCAGCUAAAUUCGAGGCCAACGCAGCGCAGUUCCAGAAAUGGGGCCAGAUCUGGCACGACAUCGUCUGGGGCUCGGGUGGCUUUGAGAGCAACGUAAUGGCUGUCCAACGCAUGUCGCAUAACACUCGCAUGGGCAAUUUCGAAACCAACCUUUUAGACCUAGACGAAGGCGGCGGAAUCCCCAAUCGCACACAGUUCAAACACGUUAUUUUCGGCCCUCAGCUGUGGUCAGGCUACGAUGUGACUUUCUUCCCUGCCAUUCGCGACUCGAUCGACGCAGGUGACUGGAAUCAAACGCAGACAUGGAUCGACAAGGUCGCCACUAUCAUCGACAGAGCCAGUGAUCUGCUAAUACCGCAGCAAUAA